GCGUGAGCUCGCGUGAUAGAUAGCGGCGUUUGUUCCGAGGCGAAGCAAAAAAAUAAAGACGAGAGCCAUUUUAGUGAGAGCGUUGCGGCGUGAGCGGUCGAGGAGGACUCCAGCGAUCGAAGGACGGACCCGAGCGAGAGGACGUCGACGUCGCCGACCCCGUGCAACCACCACGAGAGGAAAAGUACCGAAAAAUGUCGAACGUGCCUUCAACCGUUGCUCAUAUUGACAAGGAAAUGGAAGGAAAAAUCUUUGUUCUUUUUGUGUGUCCUGAUUGGUCAUUGGUCAUUGGGCAUUGGCCAUUGGUCAAAGUGAAAUCAUUAUAUAACUCGGAAAAAGACUCCACCUAUGGUCUUAGACAACCGUAGAUAAACUUUUUGGACAGUGCUCGUAGUAGACUCAUUGCGUGUUUAAUAUUUUGCGAUGGCUACAAUAAUGCAGUUGCCUCACGAAGUAAUUGUUCACAUUUUGCAAAAUGAGAGCAUCAGCGCCGUGGAUUUAAUAAGAUUUGGCUCCACGUGCACAAGAUUGCAACAAGUGAUACAUGACAACAAAUUAUGUGAGAGGAAAUAUUAUCAGAGCUGUCCUACCGCGGAAAAAAAAUAUAAUAGAGAAAAUCAGAAGAAAAUAUUUCACCAUAUCAAUUUCAAAGAAAGACUAGAAGCAGGAUUAUAUUAUAUCCAAAAGUUGCAAUAUUAUGCGAUUAUGAUAUCGCAAAAUAAGUUAUGUAAUACUGACAAAGAACAAUUGGAACGUCUUCUGGGUUCAAUUACUGAAGAUUCCACGACGUAUUAUUUUGUGUGGGAUGAGAUAAAUGGAAUUUCUGCACAAAAAUCAUGCAAACUGUUUUCCAAUUUGACAAGUGAAUAUUACUUGAAACUAAUUUUUUACUGUCUAAAACGGUAUCGAUUUGUAUAUAAGCAAAUGAAAUUUAUAAAUAUGCCGAAUACAAAGGAGCUUUUGGAAAAACAACUUACAAUCGUGGCGCAAUGUUUUCAGCCACAUGUGUCUUAUUCGGCUGUGAAAACGUGGUUAGAUGAAAUAGUGCAGACAGUACUAUUUCGUCUGAAAAAUAAAUAUUUAGCUCAUUCAAUUUGCUCUACGGCUUUAGAGCAAUUUUCUUUUUGAAGAGAUAACAAUGUUAAUGACAAUUUCUGGAAUGAAACAGAAUCAAUGCAAAUUAUGUGUGUACUCGAAGAAUAUAUAUUUUCCGAGUUAGAGAUUCAUAAAUUGCAUCAAUUAUUAAUGACAUCAGAUCUCGAAGCAAAAUAUAUAAAAUAUGUAAGUUAUUU